UUUCAUUUUGAACUACAGAAAAACGGGAUUUGAACUAAAUUAGGGUUUUUCAUUUCCUUACUACGCUCGGCUCUCUGCUUAUACGGGAGGAAGAGGUUGCUUCAAACCCUCCAGAGUCAAAAUCCCUAUUGCUCUUCUGCACCGAUAUCGCAUUUAGGCGCCAUAAAGAAAAAUGAGCACGAAUGUCCAUAGAACCCCCAAAUCUGGGAGGCAAUCUCUAUUCUUCCAAGAUUUAGCAACACCUGUGUCAUCCCGGCGAUCUGGGGGAAAAUUCACAACCCCAGGUCAGGCUGCUGCUGUUUCGGCUCUGUGGCGUGAAAAUUUUGCCAACUCUGAUCUUCCUCCUCCACCAGUUUUUACCCUUGAAGAUCGGUUUGAUAUUUCUCCAGAAUCUGGGAUUCCAGACUAUCCAGUGUCUCCAGAAGUAAAAUCAGAUCCUAGAACCCCAGUACAUACAUUUGGCAGGGAAUUAUCAACUCCUAAGAGCAAGUCUGACGUAAGCACCUCGUAUGCUGGAACAGGUAAGCUGCCACAGCUGCAGAGCCCUAUGCUGAAUUCUAGCUGGUGGUCACCUGCAAAGAGUGGUGGCAGUCCAGAGCAAGAGGAUAAAGGGAAAGGUUCACCCGUUGAAGGUGUGGUUCAGCCUGGUGCCUUGAUAACAGUGCCACCCCCCAGGGAGGUGGCAAGACCUGAAGUGAAGAAAAGUUUGGUACCUGUAGGGAACUUGGAUGAGGAGGAAUGGGUCACUGUCUAUGGAUUUUCACCAGCUGAUACCAAUCUUGUUUUGCGCGAGUUUGAAAAAUGUGGGGUGAUUCUGAAACAUGUUCCUGGCCCACGAGAUGCAAAUUGGAUGUACAUUUUAUAUCAGAGUCGAUCUGAUGCUCAAAAAGCGCUCAGCAAAAAUGGCAUGUGCGUAAACGGAGUUCUUAUAAUUGGAGUGAAGCCUGUUGAUGCAAUGCAGCGUCAGGUGCUAAAUGAGAGACUCAAUAAUCAAGGAUUUAUGACAUUACCCCCACCACCUUCCAGUAGAAACUCAGAGUCGAAUGGUUUCAAAGUCUCCCCCUACCCGUACUAUCUCCAGAAUGGCAGUUCCACCACUACUCGGCAAUCUGCUGGGACCAUUGCCACACCAGCAAAAUCAGUGGUAUCCAAAGUUAUGGACUUAAUGUUUGGUGUGUAGUUUAAAAUGCUGUAGCAGUUUCGACUCUGCAAUUUGUUGCCUUUGCUAUAGGUGUUAAUUCUAUUUUGAUGUUUUUCCAACGACGGCAAAUGUAAAACUAUGUGCGGCAGAAAUUGUAUUCGGCAAGUUGAUACUUGAGGGGUUGAGGUUAAUAUUUUCAAAAUCUCAUUUUGUUUAUAGGAGAUAAGAUUUUAAAUUUGGAGCCAAACUUUUGUCUAUGAAGCUCCUGGAGAAAUACAGGUGCAUUCUGUUUGUAACGACGAUGUACGAGAAAUAGAAACAGUUCUGAAAUUUCGAUGGUU